AUCACAAGUCAAAGGCAGCAUAACGUAAUCGUGCGGUUGUGUGCUUAUGGGAAGUUGUAUUUUCGUUAUUUCAUCGUUUCUUUCGUGGCCAUUGCCGUACUAGCAAAGUUAUUGUUCCUGCAAAAUGCCGAAGAAAAAGACUGGUCAGCGAAAGAAAGCUGAGAAGCAGAAACUUCGCCAGAAAGAGAUUCGUAAUCGUGAAUCUCAGCUACCGGAGCAACCUUGCAAUCUACCAAUGGAUUGUGAAAAAUGUGGCAGGAAACAAAAGUCACGUGCCUUCUGUUAUUUCUGCCAGAGCGUGCAGCGUUUGCCUAUCUGUGCACAAUGUGGCAAACAAAAGUGCAUGCUCAAAACAGGUGACUGUGUAAUCAAGCAUGCGGGUGUAUACACCACGGGUCUCCAGAUGGUCGGUGCAAUUUGCGAUCAUUGCGAGGCGUGGAUUUGCCACGGUCGGAAGUGUCUACAGUCGCACGCCUGCACCUGUCCAUUGAUAGACGCCGUCUGUGUCGAGUGCGAACGUGGCGUUUGGGAUCACGGAGGACGUAUGUAUAAGUGCUGCUUCUGCGACAACUUUCUCUGCGAAGACGAUCAGUUUGAGCAUCAGGCUUCCUGCCAAGUGCUAGAAUCCGAAUCAUACAAAUGUCAGUCGUGUAACAAACUGGGCCAAUACUCGUGUCUGCGAUGCAAGACGUGCUACUGUGAGGACCAUAUUCGCCGAAAAGGGUUUAAGUACGAUAAGAAUAAGCCGAUUCCGUGCCCGAAGUGCAACUACGAUACAAGUCAGACUAAGGAUUUGAGUAUGUCGGUUCGAAGCCAUAAGUAUGGUCGUAAACGGCAAGACGAUACCGGAGACGACGAUGACUAUGUUUACGAUGCAGAAUACACCGCAUAUCGCCAAGCAACCGAUCGUUACAAUGAAAGCGACUCCGAUGACGAUUAUGAUGAUGGUUCUGAUGAUGAUGAUGAUGACGAAGAGUCCGAUGAUGAUGAAGAUGAGGAAGCAAGCGGAGAAGAACAAGGAACUGUCAAAGCUGGUACGAGCGCUGCUAAAGGCGGAAAAUGAUAUCGCUGAAUAACAUACUUUCAUUUUCUCUAAAAAGUUUAGUUCACUGUUGAAUCUGUGUAUUGUUUCAAAUAUAUCCAAAUUGGGAUUUUUCCGAUUCAAGAA